UUGAGGGAGAAAUGAAAUUGACAAAUUUCAAUCGUCUGCUUAUUUUGAUCAAACCCUUCACAUUGUUCUGAUUUAAGUCCCAUUUAAUGAUAGGAAAUGUCUUUCUCAAAGGCAGCAUUCUAUGGGAACGGAAAAAAGACUGAUGAUAAACGAGAAAGACAAUGGCAUGAUCGUCUAAAGAACAUCGCGAAUCGUGAAGCGCACUACAAGGCACAUCCUUCCCCAAAGGAGUACAGACCAAAAAUCGACGAUCCUUGUAUCUAUCGGAAGACAUUUUUUCGCCAGCAAGAUGCCUUCGAAUAUGCAAGGAGCAAAUCGGAGGACUUACACGUGUUCGCCUACGAGAGCUCUUCCUUCCAAGGAGAGAACUCCGGCAAGAGGAUGUACAUGGUCUGCAGCUACCCACAUUUCUGGCACUUCUACCGUCAGAUGAUGAAACAAAAAGCUUGCCACCACUACGAAGUGAUACCAGAGGGUGCUGUCUGCAAGUUGUACUUCGAUCUCGAGUUCCUGACCGCCUAUAACCCGAAGUCGUGCGGAGAUAAGAUGGUUCAUACAUUUAUCGAGCUGAUAGACUACCACUUGGAGAAACACUACAACAUAACUACUAAUCAGCGACAAGUGGUCGACUUACAGUCACACAAUCCGAGCAAAUUUAGUCGUCAUCUCAUCUACCUGAUCAAGGGAGCAGCAUUCAAGGACAACAUUCAUGCAGGAAACUUUGUCAACCAUGUUUGUUCCCAACUCAUGGAUGUCCUUCGGCCAAAAGAGGAGGUUGCAACGGAAGACGAACCAAGCAGAAAGAAACUGCGGAGAUCGAGUAGAAAUAAAUCUGGGAAAUCAGAUGAUGCGAUGUCAGAAAAUGAUGCACAUUCACGAAACGUAGAUGUCGCGCCAUCAGAAUUUGCACAGAAGAGGAAUCUGGUGUAUUUCGGGAUUGCGAAGUCGCGCCUUGAGGAGCUCCUGGUCCGUGACCGAGAUAGAAAUGAAGUUCUGUUCGUUGAUUUAGGUGUCUAUACUAAAAACCGAAACUUCAGACUUUUCAAAUCUUCCAAACUCGGUAAAGGUUACCCAAUGGAAUAUCGGCAGACGAACUAUUAUACAGUGUCGACACCUAUUGGCCGUGGGCCAGUUGAACAGAUAUACCUCGACUCGAUGGUCACAAAUGUUAAGUUCUGUCCUUACCUGCGUCUGCUGACAUGGGAAGAAAAUGUCCGGAUUCCACUUGCCCGACGGAAUUCCAAUCCAAGUUGUUCAAAGAAUGAACCAAAAGCGGCACCACUGGAAGGCUAUAGCUCCUCUCCCUUCCCAGAGAUCGACGAGUUCAUCGCCAGCAUUCUGAAUAUUGGUGGCAUCCAGGGCUCCAUCCGGAGGUGGUCGUACUUCACGCAGGGAGAACUCCUCGUCUACGAGAUCGCCAAGUAUCGGUGGUGCGAGAAUAUUCGGCGGCAUCACAAGAGCAAUAAUAUCAUGUUCCUCGUGGAUGUCAAGAAUGGCGUCUACUACCAGAAAUGCCACGACCCAGAAUGCAAACGCAUCAAUUUCAAAUCUGACGAGUACCCCCUACCGCGGGAACUCCUCCCAAGUUACUACAUCAACGACUCUACCGAUUUUGAAGAUGAUUUCUUGGAGGAGGUCAGUGAUAAGGACUUACUGACGGCAGCAUCGGGAGCCGAGUUGAGCGUUGCUGGAAACUCGAGGAAGUGCUGCGUGUACAAUCAGGUGAAGGCAGUAAAAUCCGACUCGUGUCUUCCUCAGAGCGAGAAUACCACCUCGGCUGGUGGUGUAGAGGCUGUUGAGAUGGCCGAGGAUGAAGAUGGAGAACUGUUAGAGGUGUUGGAUCAGGUUGAACAUGCUAGCCCAAAGUGAUUUUACUCGCAGUUACUCAAGUUUUGGAACUUUGUCAUUGUAGUGUAUGCAUUUCUCAGAUUUAGCAGUGAAGGCGGGAUCUUCUCUUCCUCAGAGUGAGAAUUCUGCUUCACUGUUAUGGUGGGUGGGGUCAGGAGGAUGUGGAGAUGGCUGAUGUUGAGGACAAUGAACUGUUAGAGUUGUUGGACGAGGUCGAACAUGCUGGCCCAAAGUGAUUGGACUCUUAGUUAUCCAAGUUUUGAAAAUUAAACAUUGGGACACAUGUACGCAUUUAGGAAGUGGAGCAGUGCACUCAAUAAUCAGACUUAACCAGUUUAAUGUUGGUCAGACAGCGCUACCCUUGUGUUCUUGGGGCUGAUUUUCUGGUCCUGGUGGUAUCAGGACCCUUGAGGAUACGUAGGGGUCGUGAGGUUCUGUCGACGAUAGUGAAAUAUUAGCAGUACUUGAUCAGGUUGAAGAUGCAAGCCCGAAGUGAUUGCAGUUUCAAGUUCUCAUGUUUUGGAUCUUUGUCAUUGUGUCGCGAACAACACGUCAUUUACACACACAUUUUUCAUGUUUUUGGCCAAUUUUCAUUUAAUUAUUUCUCAGCUGCAUGGAUUUACACAGAAUGUAAAUGAUAAUAAAGAUAUUGA